CCACUUACCUUGGGAAGGGGACUAUGAAAGAAGUGUUGGAGAUACCUGAGACGAGCAAAGUUCAGCGCUCGCUUUCGUUCAACGGGGAGACCGAGAAGAAGGAUGACGUGGGUGCCGAGGAAAAGGAUGGUGAAGGGACGAAGGAUGACGUGGGUGUCGAGGAAAAGGAUGGUGAAGGGACGAAGGAUGACGUGGGUGUCGAGGAAAAGGAUGGUGAAGGGACGAAGGAUCAAUUGGAAGAGGAUGUUGAUGAUGUAGAGAGUGUCCCUUCACUUAAUCUAUCAGAAGAGAAGGUCGUUGUUCCAACUAAGGUGGUUGUUUCUGAUGAUUCGUUUGAGGUUAUGAACUUUUGGGGAGAAGAUCUCCCCGCUAUUGUAAAAGAGGAAGUUGAGCAGACAGUGAAGGAUGAUUUUGAUGAUGCUGCGUUCGAAAGAUUCAAAGAAUCUGGAGGGAAGGUGAUUGGUCCGUUCACUGUGAAGAAGGGUUACUCAAAUCAACAGUACGAGUUGUUCCGUUACAUUUUCUCUAGCGCCAAUGAUCCGAGUGAAGUGUUAGCCCAUUUUGGGAAGGUUGAGGUCGAGCGGAUGUAUUUCAAAUGCAUGAAACCGGAGACCGAUAUAUCAAACAGUGUCAUUGAUUGCUUUGCUCAAAUCAUGAAUUUUCGAGAGAAGAAGCGCAACGGCAUUGGAAGUAAGAGAACUUGGUUUAUGCCCACCAGAAUUUCGAGCAAGUUACUUGGAAGAACGAUGACUGUGGAGAGGAUGGCGAAGGAGCAAGAGUGGUCCACUCUUUAUUACGAUGCAGAUUUGAGUUUAUGUCACACUAUGGUGGUACCCCUACUGGAUACCGAUAGUGCUCCGCACUGGUUUGCGGCGAAUGUGAGCAUGGUUAAUACAACAGUGGAAAUUAGGGACUCGUUGUCUUCUGCAAUGCAUAAGAGGUCACGUCGGAGCACUCCGCGUAGAGAUGGUAUGCACCUCCAGACUUUGGACCAAUUGUUUGCCCCUGUCAAGCCAGGAGACCUGAAUUUCAGCGAGUUUGUAAUUAUUUCUUCAAGCAAGGACUACCCACAACAACAAAAUGGCCACGAUUGUGAAAUGUUUGUAAUGAAGUACAUGGAAUCACUGUUCGAGGAAAAUGAAAUAUUGGAAGAGUUUGAUCCUAUUGAAGCCGAUUUGGAUUGUGUUGGGAAAAUUGUCACCCACGAGAGUAACAAGGCUAAACAUGCUGUGAUGGAGGGAGUUAAGAAGCAAUUUGGAUUGAGCAAAACCAAAGUUCUUCCAUCAACAUCUACAACUAUACCAUUACGUAGUCCAUCAAGGUCUCCUCGAGACCCCCGAUUCAGCACAGCGAAGGCCAGGUCCGAAAACAUAUGGACUGGCAAGAGCAAGUCCCCGAAAACACGUCAUUCUAAAAGGCUGGCCAUAAGUAACAAGUAG